AUGGACCCCAUGAGGCGGUCCCCCUCCCCCUGCUCAUCAAGACCCUCCAGCCCCAGGACACCACCCUGCGAGAUGCUUGGCUACGUGGGCAUAGAAGCCGUGCUGGACCAGCUGAAGAUCAAGGCCAUGAAGAUGGGGUUUGAGUUCAACAUCAUGGUAGUGGGGCAGAGCGGGCUGGGCAAGUCCACAAUGGUGUACACCCUCUUCAAGUCCAAGAUGUGGAAGUCCACCGUACCGGGCCUGGGGACGCCCACACCCCAGACGCUGAAGCUGCAGUCGGUGACGCACGUCAUCGAGGAGAAGGGCGUGAAGCUCAAGCUGACAGUGACCGAUACGCCCGGCUUCGGAGACCAGAUCAACAAUGACAAGUGCUGGGACCCCAUCCUGGGCUACAUCAAUGAACAGUAUGAGCGGUACCUGCAGGAGGAGAUCCUCAUCACCCGCCAGCGCCACAUCCCCGACACCCGGGUGCACUGCUGUGUAUACUUCGUGCCGCCCACCGGGCACUGCCUGCGGCCCCUGGACAUUGAGUUCCUACAGCGGCUAUGCCGGACCGUGAACGUAGUGCCUGUGAUUGCCCGGGCCGACAGCCUGACCAUUGAGGAGCGAGAGACCUUCAGGCGCAGGAUCCAGCACAAUCUGAGGACUCACUGCAUCGACGUGUACCCGCAGAAAUGCUUUGAUGAGGACAUCAACGACAGGAUCCUCAACAGCAAGAUCCGGGACCGGAUCCCCUUUGCUGUAGUCGGGGCUGACCGAGAGCACCUGGUGAAUGGGAGGUGUGUCCUGGGCCGGAAGACCAAGUGGGGCAUCAUUGAAGUGGAGAACAUGGCGCACUGUGAGUUUCCCCUCCUGAGAGACCUGCUCAUCCGCUCCCAUCUCCAAGACCUGAAGGACAUCACCCACAACGUCCACUACGAGAACUACCGUGUCUGCAGACUCAAUGAGAGCCACCUGCUGCCUCGUGGGCCUGGCUGGGUGAACCUGACCCAGGCCCCCGCAGGACCCCCAGCCACCCCGCGGCCCUCAAAGGUGCGCCACCAGGUCCAGGACGACUCCAAAGAUAAUGAGGAGUACUGA